AUGGCAAUUGAAAUCAUCAACUUUAAUCAACUCAUCCAAAGACAAUCUUUGGAUAGAUUCCCAACCACUCUAUUCCCAACCAACUAUUUCUAUAUUGUAUUUUGUAUCAUUGUUUUCUUAUAUACCAUCCAAAAGCGUGACAAGAAGUCAUCAAGUCGCUUUAUGGAAAUACUCUCAUCAACUCAAUCAAUCAGUAUUUUAGAAAUCAACUUUAUCAAUCGUAUUGUUAAAUCCAAUAAUAGUUCAGUAUCACUCGAACAAUUCUGUCAAUCAUACCUCAUCGACUCAAUCACUCUCCAAAAUAACAUCAUCUCAUCAAUGAACCAAUUUUCACCAAGUGACGUUCAAAUCAAGAGCAAGAGCUGCUCUUCAUACUAUCGUCUCACUGGAAAGUAUGAUGCUUCGACCAGUGUCUUCCAAGGAAUCAUGAUUGACAACACUCAAGAGAAACAACAACUCAAGAAACUCAAGAACACCUUGACUCACGAUGCACUCACCGGUCUCCAAAAUAGAUACCAUCUCAACAACAAGAUUCAAAAGUUUUGUGCCAAGUCUUCAUCAGAACAAUGCUCAAUCUACUUUAUCGAUCUCAACAAAUUCAAACAAAUCAACGAUACCCAUGGACACGACAAUGGUGAUGUUGUCCUCAGAUCAGUUGCCGAUCGUUUCCAACAAUUCGCCGACGAAUCAGUUCUCCCAGUCCGCCUUUCUGGCGAUGAAUUCCUCAUUGUCAAACGCAAUGUAGAAUCAAACACACAAGCUGAUCAAUUCAUUUCCAGCUACCUCUCAAGUGUCCAAUGCGACACUGUCCAACUCAACGACUCAACCACCUCAAUCAAAGUAACUCUUUCCUUUGGAGGUGUUGUAUUCAACAAAUCACAAUCAACCCAAACCGACAAGUUGAUUAUAUGUGCCGAUGAAAGAAUACUAACAACAACACUCAACAAGAACAAGAAAGCUCAUACGAAUACAACAACUUAUCAACGUGCAAGUUCAGCAUUUAGAAGAAUCAAUCAUUCUUGGGUUGGGACCACCAUAGGUAGCAGAGUCAUGAACGACGAGAUGCAAGUGUCAACUUUGAACACGAAUUCACUGCAAAGUUCUGAGCUUGAACUAGAUGUUCAUCCUCUGCUUCAAAUGGAUCCUACGUUUCAAGUUCAGCCUCUGCUUUCAGUUGAUCCUCUGCUUCAAAUGGAUCCUAUGUUUCAAGUUCAACCUCUGCAACCUAUGACGCUUCAAGUUGAACCUGAACAGCUUGUACAACAACAAAACAAUCAAGAUACCACUACUACUACUACUGCUACUAGUACAACAUCAACUACAACCACCACCAACACCGCCACUACUAUACUCGCAAAUAAUACAACCACGAAAGUAAAAAGAAAAGAACCAAAACCAAAUGAAACGAUUCCCCUCGCUGCACUUACAACACCAGCAGGAACAAAGAAUUCAAAAUGCUCAUGCUCAAAGUUAUCUUUUUAUAAUACUACGUGUUCGGCAGCUUGUGGAUGUAGAAAAAAGGGACAUGGUUGUGCUGCAUCUUGCAAAUGUAAAGGUAAAUGCAGUAAUGGGUUCUCAAACGAUGAUAGAUUCUUUCCAAUGUGGCGAAACGUUGUUCUCUAUCGAUUGAUCUACCAUUAUGUCAACCCAAGAAAGACGGAAUACAAUAUUCAACUCCGCGAGAGACAAGAGACAUUAAAGAAUGACCUUCCAACGGAUAUCGUCAUCAAUAGUGGAAACCAAUAUGUUGUCAAUCAAUACUUGAAAGGAUCAUAUUCCUUUCAAAAGAUGGUUAAUAUUCUCCGCGCAGCUUCAGAAAAGGAUGUUAGAAAACAACAAAUCAUCGAUGCAUUGGCAGUCUACAAACUCAAUCUCAGAUCCGACAGUCGUUUGUGUUUUGGUUACAUUGAUGGUACACUUGGCGGCCAUUGGACUGUCGAUUCUAUAGUCCACGAGAUGUGCAAAAUGAAAUACUUUUUCGAUUAUUGCAAUAUGAAAAGUUAUCUCUCUUAUUGUUCCUUUGAUGAAGCAAAAGAAAGAGUAGAAUCAAAACAUGGAGUUCCAAAAGUUUGGCCUUGGAUGAAAAGCUCUGAUGAUGGUUUUCAACAGCAGGUUGCCAAUGGUUAUCAUGGUCCGGCUUAUGUUCGUCAUUCUUAUUCUUAUAAUCGUUAUGAUUACGAUUCUGAUUACGAUUCUGAUUAUUGA